AUGAAAGGUGGUGAGGAGCCGUUUUUUGUGAAAUUCGUAAAGUCUUCUGGGAACUCGGAGUAUUUCUUUAAAGCUCUUGAGUCUAUAAAAGAAUUCCAGACAGAAGAACAUCUCCAGGUCCUUGAAGAAGAAACAGCACUCAGUAUAAAAGAAAAUGAUAAAUCCCUUUACAUUUGUGAUCCUUUCAGAGGCGUUGUUUUCAAUCAUCUCAAAAAGCUCGGCUGUAGGAUCGUUGGCCCCCAGGUGGUGCUGUACUGCAUGCAGGCCCAGCGCCGCGUCCCGCGGGCCGAGUACCCCGUGCACAGCAUGGCCAUGGCCGACGUCGCCGUGUCCUGUACCAGCCUGGACAAGGACAUCAGGGAAGAAGUCCAUAAAUACGUGCAGUUGAUGGGUGGACGCGUCUAUAGAGACCUCAACAUGUCAGUGACUCAUCUUAUAGCUGGAGAAGUUGGCAGCAAGAAAUACCUAGUAGCUGCUUCUCUGAAAAAACCUAUUUUGCUUCCCUCUUGGGUUAAGACACUGUGGGAUAAGUCUCAGCAAAGCAUGGUGAGGCACACGGAGGUGAGCGUGGCGGAGCACUCCUGCCCCAUCUUCCUGGGCUGCACCAUCUGCGUGACGGGCCUGAGCGGCGCCGAGAGGCGGGACGUCCAGCGCCUGGCCACGCGCCACGGCGGCCACUACUCGGGGCAGCUCAGGAUGAACGAGUGCACUCACCUCAUCGUCCAGGAGCCAAAAGGUCAGAAGUACGAAUGUGCCAAAAAAUGGAACGUGCACUGUGUGUCUGUGCAGUGGUUUUCUGACAGCAUUGAGAGGGGCUACUGCCAGGAUGAAACAAUGUAUAGAGUAGAGGCUGGAUCAAAUCAGAGUAACAUGCCCAGUACAUCCACACCGAUGAGUCAUGCCAGCAAGCUUGACAAUCAUACCUUUGCAGAUGUCAGCCGCAUUUCCAGCAUCAGUUUGGGUGGUGUGAAUGGCACCACAUGUAGCUCUGCUAUGAGCAGCAGGCUGGAUCCUCCUCCUGAUGAGCUGGAACACUUGGACUUAAGUUCUUAUCAAGCCCCUGAAGAUCUGUUAGAUGGAUGUAGGAUCUAUCUGUGUGGCUUCAGUGGCAAGAAGUUGGACAAGAUGAGAAGGCUUAUUAAUUGUGGUGGAGGUGUUCGAUUUAAUCAGCUUAAUGAAGAUGUUACCCAUGUUAUUUUGGGGGAGAAUAAUGAUGAGCUGGAACACUUCUUGGACAAGUCAGCUCACAGGCCUCUUGUAGUGACAGCAAAAUGGUUGUUGGAGUCAUUUAGGAAAGGUUAUCUAUGUCCAGUGGAGCAAUAUAUCCCUCCAAACUACCAGCUGUUAGAGAAUCCAGUUUUGGAGCAACCUGCAAUGAAGUCAGUUCUUCCCAGAAAUAACAAUGUCUUGAAGAAAGAAGCUGUGAAGGUCACAGAGCCCCAGGAGGCUGCUGAAGAUCACUUCCUCUCUCAAUAUGUAAAUAAUGACCCUACCUUAGAUGAAGCCAGGACUGUCAAUGAUGUUACACACUUGACUGCUCAAGGAAAGGAUCACUCUCCCACCUGUGAUGUGUCUCUGGGAGAACCCUCCACGCUGGCUGAAGGAGGCUUGUUUGCCAGAAAGAGGUUCCUCCUGCUGGGUUUUGGAGGAGAGGAGGAGUCCUGCCUUGCAGGUGUUAUAAGGGAGAAUGCUGGGCACGUCCUGCCCCUGCAGAGCAGAACCAUUGCAGACUAUGCUGUGGUCCCUCUGCUGGGCUGCAGGGUGAAGCAGACCGUGGGUGACGUUGUCACAAGCACGUGGCUGUUAACCUGUGUGAAACUGCAGCUGCUUUUAGAUCCCUGUUCCAAUCCACUUUUCACACCAGUCCCUGUAGUGGAAGGAGUUACCCCCCUGGAAGAUUGUGUUCUCUCCUUUAGCCAGUUCACUGGUGCAGAGAGAGACUCCCUGGUUUUUCUGGCAGAGCUGCUUGGAGCCAGGGUGCAGGAGUUCCUGGUGCGGAAGGCCAGCGCCAGGAGGGGGAUGUUGCCCAGCACCCACCUGCUGCUGCGGGAGCCCGGCGGCUCCAAGUACGAGGCCGCGCGGC